CAUAGUCAUAUGAUCCAGAUGAUGGUUCCUUGGAUUAGCUCAUUCUGAUUUACCCGUGUUUGGAUAUUACAAUUUGAGAAAAGAAAAGGAUUUUAAGGCAACAUGUUGCUAGUUUUAAGUGAAGAGCAUAAAGAGCACCUGGUGUUCCUGCAUGAAGUGGACUCUGCGGUUGUUGGGGAAUUUGGGCGAAUUGCCGUGGAAUUCAUAAGGAAAGGAUCAAACCCUAAAAUUUAUGAAGGAGCAGCUAGAAAAUUAAACGUGGCUGUUGAAACCGUGCAGCAUGGAGUGGAGGGCCUAAUGUACCUCCUUACGGAAAGCUCCAAGCUCAUGAUCUCUGAGGUGGACUUUCAGGACUCUGUAUUGGUGCUGGGAUUUUCAGAGGAGCUCAACAAACUGCUCCUGCAGCUGUACCUGGAUAACAGGAAAGAAAUUCGCCUGAUUCUGAGUGAGCUGGCCCCCUCACUGCCUUACUACCACAACCUGGAGUGGAGGCUGGAUGUACAGCUGGCCAGCCGAGCUCUCCGACAACAGGUGAAGCCUGUGGUGAGUUUCCGGCUGCAGCUGGACAGCAACGGGACGCGUCGCUUCCACGCAUUGCAGACCGAUCCAGCCACCCUACUGCACCUAAUCCAGGAGCUGGAGCAGGCAUUGGCCGAGGUCAAGACCAACCACUGCCGCAGGAUAUUGCGCAAUAUCAAGUAGCCACAACAGAUCCCAUCAGCGUGGCAAAAAGAAAAAACCACACAGCCUACCCUGCAUCAGGGAAAAGAAGGAUGAAGAGUGACAGCUUAUGCCUCUGCACGUCAUUAUCGCUCUCUGAUCACCGCUGCUCUUAGCAAAUUAACCUGGGUGGUAUGCAUUACAGAAUAACAUGCCAGGUGUCUGCAAGUGUUUUAGGGUCUUGGGUGGAGCCAUAUGCCCCAGUUUCCAUAAUGAAAUGGAAUGGAAACUUGCAUUCAGAAAAAUAACUGUACCCCCAUAUAUGAUGCAUUUACUCUAGUUUAAGAUGUUGCCCAGUGCCAUUACAUCUUUAUAGAAUCAUGAUCUGCUUGUGUUUGUGUAGUCCAUAUAUAAAACUUACAAGGCUAUAUUUAAUCACACUAUGAACACAUAGAAUCAACAAAAUGUUAAUGUUGGAGACUUGUCACUGCUGAGCUGGCAUUUCAGGCUCUGUCUCACAAAUUCAUGUUCUUCAUGGUCUUCAUCAAGUAACUGGAGAACUUCAGUUUAUGACUGUGGCCUUUCUUCUUUAGAUUUGCUGAGUGUAACUGAUAACACACUGAGAAUGUACCUCUGUGUUUCAACAUCUUUUUAUCGUAGCUACAAAAAAGCAAUCUGAGUAUUUGAUACAGCUAGUUUGAAAUAUUUCAUCAUUAAAAGUGUUUUCCUUGUGUAGAGCAGUGAUCAUUUUCUCUUACUUAGGACCAAUUCUGAGUUGUUAGAGAAGCUGUGAGUACCAGCUAGACAACAACACUGUGCUCAGUCUGUCUAUUGACAGUUGUGUGGCAGCUCUUUUAAAGGUUUUCUUCUGGGGUUUCAAGUCCAGACAAGCUCUACAGGCCCUUCUACACGUACACUGAUGUACCACCAAAUAAUUGCGUUUUUCAUAUUUAGGUACAAAUGCUGCAUGGCAUGCUGUCUGGAGCCAAACAAGAUGUCUGGAAUUUGUUGUAAUUCUUUAUCUUGCCCUUUUAUAAAUUUCAUGCAU